UCUCCUGCAUCUCCUACCGCCGCCGCCGCUGCAGCUCCUCCUGCUGCUGCCGCAUCUCCUGCUGCCGCUGCUGCUGCGACUACGAGUACACCAAAGAACGUGGCCCCAGUCGCACCAGCUGCAAGCAGCGGUGAUUCAGCGGUAACCCCCAAUCCCGCCACUGGGCAGACCCCGGAAGCCUCCGCACCCGAUGGAACAUCUGGGACCGGAGCACCCGCCAGGCUGAUGACAACCGAGAUCACAAAGGUCGCGACGACGGGGCAACAGUCUCUGACUCUGCCCAACAUCGGCACCAAGACGAGCCAGGACAGCAAAGGAGGCGCUGAGAAAACAACGAUGGCGCUUGCAGGCCGGACCACAGAGGCAGCUGGGAACGCGGUGAACCCCUCCACCCUGACCAAGGCAGGAACUACUGCACCACCUUUGCCCCCGCAAACCCCCACAACAACAACAACAACAACAACCACAAUCACCAACACCAGAACCACCAGCAGCACUACAGCAGCUCAGCUAAAGACGUUUUUGUACUCUCUAAACAAUGGGCACGAGAAAGAGGAGGAGAAGGAUCUGGUGGAGGUGUGCAGGCGGCUGAUGGUCAAUUUGCAAGAUGGGAACUGCACCCUGACAUGGCAGCACCACAACGGCAAAAUACACUUCAACUGUGUGGAGAUUAAUGGGAAAGUGAAAACCAGCCUCGCGACCCAGUACUAUGAAGAAAUCACCAAGAAACCGACAGACCACAAAACCCUGAUCGCCAUCCUGGCGUCCUGCGGUGCUCUGCUGAUCAUGAUCGUCAUCCUCGCCGUUUGUGCCUCCCACCACCGCAAGCCGUACAACGAUAACCAGCAGCACCUGACAGAGGAGCUGCACACGGUGGAGAACGGUUACCACGACAACCCGACGCUGGAGGUGAUGGAGGUGCAGCCGGAGAUGCAGGAGAAGAAGGUGGCGCUGAACGGAGAGUUCAACGACAGCUGGAUCGUCCCAAUUGACAACCUGCUGAAGGAGGACAUGGCGGACGAGGAGGACACACACCUGUAGAGAUGCCCGGGUGGGGGGAGGAGAG